CAUACCGCAGUGCUGGAAGACACGGUGGAGGAGCGCGUCAUCAGCGAGGAGUACAAGAUCUGGAAAAAAAACACCCCCUUCUUGUACGACCUGGUGAUGACACACGCUCUGGAGUGGCCCAGCCUCACCGUGCAGUGGUUGCCUGAUGUGACCAGGCCAGAAGGAAAAGAUUACGCUCUACACUGGCUGGUUUUGGGAACACACACGUCUGAUGAACAGAACCACCUGGUUGUUGCAAGAGUCCAGAUUCCCAAUGAUGAUCAGUUUGAUGCUUCGCAAUAUGACAGUGAGAAAGGAGAGUUCGGUGGCUUUGGAUCUGUGACUGGCAAAAUUGAAACGGAGAUUAAAAUUAACCAUGAAGGUGAAGUAAACCGUGCUCGUUACAUGCCGCAGAAUCCCUGCAUCAUUGCUACGAAAACACCGUCUGCUGAUGUGUUGGUAUUUGACUACACUAAACAUCCUUCAAAACCAGACCCAAGUGGAGAGUGUAAUCCUGACCUUAGAUUAAGAGGGCACCAGAAAGAAGGCUAUGGCUUAUCAUGGAACUCAAAUUUGAGUGGACAUCUUCUCAGUGCAUCAGAUGAUCAUACGGUGUGUUUAUGGGAUGUAAGUGCUGGACCAAAAGAAGGCAAAAUUGUUGAUGCAAAAGCAAUCUUCACCGGGCACUCUGCUGUAGUAGAAGACGUAGCAUGGCAUCUGCUCCAUGAAUCUCUGUUUGGAUCUGUGGCUGAUGAUCAGAAGCUUAUGAUUUGGGACACAAGAUCUAAUACCACAUCCAAGCCAAGUCAUUCUGUGGAUGCUCAUACAGCCGAGGUCAACUGUCUGUCCUUCAAUCCAUACAGCGAGUUCAUUCUGGCAACUGGUUCUGCUGACAAGACGGUGGCUCUAUGGGAUCUUCGAAACUUAAAAUUGAAACUCCAUUCUUUUGAGUCUCAUAAAGAUGAAAUUUUUCAGGUUCACUGGUCUCCUCAUAAUGAAACAAUUCUUGCUUCGAGUGGUACUGAUCGUCGGCUUAAUGUAUGGGAUUUAAGUAAAAUUGGAGAAGAGCAGUCUGCAGAGGAUGCAGAAGAUGGGCCUCCUGAGCUGCUGUUUAUUCAUGGAGGACACACUGCCAAAAUUUCAGACUUCAGUUGGAAUCCUAAUGAGCCUUGGGUAAUCUGUUCUGUGUCGGAGGACAACAUAAUGCAGAUAUGGCAAAUGGCAGAAAACAUUUACAAUGAUGAAGAACCAGAUAUAGCAGCCGCCGAACUGGAGGGUCAAGGAACAUAA